AUGCAUGAUUCUGCCUGGCCCGGAGCAGCCCAUAGUUUCCAGAAUUCUAUUCUGGAUCGGGAAUGCAAUGGGUCAACUGUAACAGUGGCAGGGUCGAGCAAAUUCUGGGGAAGCUCAGAAGGCACUUCUGGGGUUCCUGAAGCCGCUGGUGGGGGUAGGGAGCACUCUGGGAAAAGCCGCUAUAAUACUGCUUUCACAGGUAGAUCUGCAGGUCAGACGGGAGGGGUCUGGGAGAUGCAAAACCACCACCCUGGUUCACAGGCAGACUGGGCAAUCCUGAGAAAGGAGCUGCCUUCCACAUCUCCAGGGAUGAAUUCUGAGAUCCCUCCCACGAACUCCCCACCCCUACCCCAACUGCACGAGUAA